AAACAACUGGGGAGAGGCCAAUUGCACCGUAAGGGAAAUAUUCCGAGAUUGUAUGUAGCUAUUAUACAAAUACUGUAUUCUCUAUGCAAUUAAAUAUUUCAAGCAGCGUUGUACAAAUGCCAAAUGUUCGACAUUUGCAUGGCUUUAUUACUGUCUAAAUAGCUCAGGUUAGUUUACGUUAAUUCACAACAUUAGCUAGUAGCAGCUAGCUAUAGCAAAGGUGCUUUGUUUAACUGACCCGUCGCAGCAUGAAGGAACCGUUGGAAUAAUGCAGCUUGCUACAUAUUCGUAACUUAUACAAUGAAAUAUCGCCUGUUUAGCUCCCGGGUGAAUGAAGGAGAUUCUCUUUCCAGUUGACACUCUGUGAACAUGAAGGGUCAACAGAAAAGCCCUGACCCGGAUGAAAGUGCACAUGUCAUUGAAGAAGGUGCAGUGGCUACAGCAGAUGACCCAUCAGCUGCCAUCGCCACCAUUCAGUCUGCCGCCACCUUCUCCUCAGAGCAUCCCAUAAAGUAUCUAUUCAAGACGGAGGGAGCUGGGGGGCAGGUAGGGGAGCUGUACUACCCUCCCGCUGGGCAGGUGACAUACAGAGUAAUCCAGGUGUCUGAUGGACAGUUGGAGGCUCAACGUGAUGGAGCCACAGCGGUCAGUGUGCUCACUGGAUUUCCUGCAGCCACACAGCCUGUGACCCAGGCUUUGUACUCUCAGUCUGAGGGGUUGGAGGGGGACGGCACUGAGACGCAUUACACCUACUACCCUGCAACCAUCGCUGAUGCUUCACCAGGCACCAUGGUAACCAGCGUGGUGCAGGCAUCUGAUACACAUCUAAGUCAGAGCACUCCCACUGGGCAGUUGUAUGUGAUGAUGUCCCCCCAGGAAGUGCUGACGGGAGCCAACCAGAGGUCCAUUGCACCUCGCACACAACCGUACAACGCAAAAUCAGAGGUCCCACGCACUUCUAGAGAUGACAAAAGACGAGCCCAGCACAACGAGGUUGAACGUAGACGCAGGGACAAGAUCAACAACUGGAUCGUCACGCUCUCAAAGACCAUCCCAGACUGCAACAUUGACCCUACCAAGUCAGGGCAGGUCAGUAUCAGCAAUGAGAGUAAAGGUGGGAUCCUCUCCAAAGCCUGUGACUAUAUCCAGGAGCUUCGGCAGAACAACCUUAGACUGGGGGAUGACCUAAGCACCCUGGAUAGGCUCAAAAUGGACAACCAACUACUGAGGCAAGAGGUAGAAGACUGGAAAUCCAAGAACCAGGUUCUGAGGAACCAGCUGCGACAGAAUGGCAUUGUAGGAGCAGCAAACGCAGACACUCAGUGAGGAGCAGCAAGGGUAGUCGGGGGAGAAUAUCUCAGUGAAGGAAUGGAACUUUUGACCUCAAACUAAAAGAAAAUUCUCACUACAAAAACUUCACUACAAAAUCAGUCUGAAGGAGUUUGCAAGAUAGGUCAUUAAAUGACCACAUUUUACAUAAGGAAAACCAUGUUAGCUCUUGUAAAGAUUUUUCCCGCAGUUCUUCAGCUGUUAUGUACAUACUUGUUUAGCUUUUUUACCUUUUUGACACAAUUGCGCUUCAUUGUAUCAGGUAUAUAUACUAACUCUUAGUAUAGGUUUCAAAAUACAUUUUACAUUUGACACAUCUAGAGUAUCAGAUGUCCCCACUUGCAGAAAUGACUCAGAACUUUGUUUUUUUCUAAACUUGUCAGCAGGAAAUGUAUUAUAAUGAUAUAUAUUGUAAUAAAGGAUCUUAGUAUUGAUAAAUUA